AUAACCAAAGAAAACUGCAAUUCUUUGGUAGAGUUUCAAAAUGCUUGGACUAAAGGUGUUCCACCUGCUGUUUCUCCUCCUAACACUGUAUUGGCCAGACUGCAGUUGGGCAAUCGUUUGCUACCAUUGCGAUUCAAUUGCCCUGCCGGAAUGUUCCCAGACCCUCGGAGAGGUGGGUGUUCUACCCUAUGUCGACUGCCCCACCGAACUGACGUGUGCCAUGUCCAUUGUUGACUCUAUCACGUAUCGUGGAUGUGCCGCCAAUACUCCCACCACUGGAGCCACCUACUCCAAGAGCUGCACCUCGAACCUCUGCAACACGGGUGUUUAUCCCCCAGGACGCCUCAAGUGUCAUCAUUGCGCCGGAUCGGAAUGUGUAGCAUCUCCCGUUUCGAAACCCAAACCAUGUCGCUAUCACCUGGAAGAAGAUCAAUGCUACACCGAUGUCAUUACUUCCUCUGAAGCCUACCGAGGAUGUGUUUCCGAGCAGAAUCAUACACUCUCCGGUGCCGCUAAGCUCUGCGAGAUCAAUGGCUGCAAUGAGGAGCAAGGCGCCCGGACUCAGAUCUGUGCCAGGUGCGACUCAGAAGCUGGAAGAGGCUGCAAGAUUGAUCUCUUCCAGGUGAACACCGGAAAGUGCAAUGUGAGCAUGUACGAAGAGUGCCAGCAGGAGGUGUUGUUGGGCGAGCCGGAAGACAAGUACUGCUUCAGCUAUCGAAAGCUGAACCGAGUGGUGCGAGGCUGUUCCACACAGCUGCCCACGGACCUGCAGCCGCAUCUGGAUGAGCUGGAUAAGUGCCGGGAUAGUGACAAUUGCAAUGCGGGCUGCAUUACCCAGCAACGAUGUUUGACCUGCAACUCUCUAGACCAGACUCUUUGCAGAACGAAUGUUACGGCGAUUACCAAUGGCACCUGCGGCUCCGCGGAAGCCUCCUCUUGCUUCGUCUGCGAAUAUGACGACUGGAGUAUCCAGCGGGGAUGUGGGGCACCGCCUGUCAAUCCUGGGAUUCUCAACUGCUACGAAUGCGACGGAAGUGGUUGUAACAGGAAGGAUUUUACCCGCUGCUAUCGUUGCAACACCGAUCAGACUGGAGCAGGAUGCGCCAAUUGGGAAGUACCAGGAGGAAUCUACAUUGAUGAGUGCGCCGAGCCAGGAUCCUCAUGCCUAAUGGCUACAUUCGCCAAUGGCACCACUUCAAGAGGCUGCCAGCGGGAGGAUUUCUCUUGCAAUUCCGAGAACAUUGCCGAUUGCAAGUCGUGCGAGGGAAGUUUCUGCAAUAAAGGAGCCUUUCCCGAGAAACGUCUGUGGUGUCAUCAGUGCAGUGGCCAAGCUUGCGAGGAAGUCUCCAGAGGACAAACUGCGUUGCCUUGUUCCCUUCCAGCCAACGAGCCGGAGGAUCAAAAAGUGGCCUGCCUGGAGUACUUUGAUACGCAAACUCAGAAGAUCGUUAGAGGCUGUCGUUCUGACUCGGAGCUCUACUACGAAUGCCUUCUCAGGAGCAGCAACCACAUGUGCCGCACAUGCCACACUUCUGCCUGCAACAAUAGUCCUGGAAGAGACCUAAGAGCUAGCUACGAAUUAGAAACCAAGGCCCUGGCCAUGCUUCAGACCAGGAGCUCCGCUAACUCUUUAAAAUACAGUGUCUUUUGGUUGUUCUUUAGCGUUAUUUAUCUUAUGACUGGCUCACACUAAAAAUAUAAUAAAAUCAGCACUAAAAACCAAUUAAA